AUGUCUACAGGAAAUCAAAUGCCGACCUUCAACACUUUCACAAUUACUCAACCCUUCUUGGGCGCACCUCUUCAAUUCCAGCCUGCUCUUGGAUCAAAAGAGCUUGAGGAAUUGAUUGAUGCUUACGUUAUUGGAGAUGCUUGUAAACAAGACAAGCUUUCCACCGUGACGAUCGAUUUCUAUAACCAUGCAACCGUCGAUAUUAACACCGGUUCCCUGGUCCGUCGAUACGAUGUUAUGCCAUGGACCGUUGGGCGAAGUCCUGCUCAAUCACAAUCUUCGGGAUUGAGCCCACCAAUCUUCACUCCUAGCCCUGCCUCCUCAGCUACCUUUGCCGACUCUACUUAUAGCUCAACGAGCACCCCACCCAAUCGUACCAGGGGGUCACGAGUUACAAAAAAGACAAAGAAGGAUACCACCAAGAAGUCUGCAGAAGUCAGACUACCUGGCUUCUCGAUCAUGACUAAGGAUGGUAUCGAUGUUACAAAUUCCGCUGGCCGUGGAACUAAAACGAAAGAACAGAGAGAGCAUGCACAUCUGAUGAGAAUCAUUAAAGCUUGCGAUGAGUGCAAGCGAAAGAAGAUCAGAUGUGAUCCAUCUCAUAGACCUGUUUCUCAUACAAACACGCCAAGAGCAUCCGCGUCAAGCAGGCCUUCUCCUCCUUCACAAUCAAACCCAAGUCCUGCUGCAUCAACACCUUCAUUAUCUAGAGAAACCACACAAGGUUCUGAACAAAGCAGUCCCCCUGUUGAUUCAUUCUCAAUUGAAGAUUUUGUGCUUUUUCCAGAGGAUGACCUCAACCAAUGGAACCCAGAGAUGGCUAUCCCAGGCUUUGACACCCAAUACAACGACUUCAGCAUGACUAAUUACGAGAACUUCCCUGAUUUCGAUACUGAUUUCUCGACAAUGAAUGAUAAUAUAUCAUUUGACUUCCCAGUAUACGAUCAAUCUUCAUCUUUUAGUCCUCAGCUAUCAAACACCACUAGCCACAUACUUAAUUAUCACAACACACAACCAUUGAGCUCUGCAGACGUCAACUCGCAAUACUUCUCUCAAACUCAACCACAGCCCGAUCUAGAUUUCUUCGAACCAUUUAGCAAUAUACCGAACUUCUCGCCAACCCAUACUCAACAAGCUCAUCCACAAGGCUUACCAAAUGAAGAUCCUGGGAAGAUUGAUAGUUAUGAACAUGCUACAACUGCGAGAUCUCAAAGCCACAACAUCUCAUCGGUAUUGUCAACCGCAAACACCCACACCAGUGGUACAAAUAUCCUGAAUGACUUCUCUACCACAUUCGGCCUCUCCCCAACUGAUAGUUCUUACCAAUCACAAGGCUCAGAAAACGGCUUCGUGAGCACAGGCCCAGAUAAUGCAUAUGAUUCUGCUACUGGCUCGGGUGUCGACUCGGGCAUUGAACAAUCACCACGAUCUGAAUCAAGUGAUAGCGGCCAUGAGACGUUAUCCAGUACCGAGAAGGGACGCAGUCGCAGCCAACGCAGCAGACACCGAGCACUUUUAGAACGCGAGCGCGAACGCAUUGAUGAUCAUGGCCGCCAGCUUAUGAAGGUUCUCCUAUCCAACAAUGGCAAGUCUCAUGUUCCUGGUGCUACCACUGAACAGCCAGUUUUAAGCCCGAGCGUUUCACAUGGCGGCGACGGCUUCGUAAUGGCCGCAAACACUUUCAAGAGCUUCGCUUCUAGUAGUAUACCCGUUCAUGAAGAAACACCAUGGAGCUUUGAAUCUACACUCUCUUCAUUGGCUAGAUCUAGACCGGAAGUACCGCAAAAUGCGAUGGAAAGCGGCCGCGCCCAAGGCGUAUCGUUCGUUGUGAAACCUCAUGAAAACCCUGACGGCUUUGCAAGAUGGAACAACUCGACGAUUGUUGAUGCCUCUCUAAGUCGUGCUGUACGACUAACUGGCAAUCAUAUCUCGUCUCGCGAUGCAAACUUUGCCUCGAUCAGCUCGGAUAGAAAGACACUAAGUGUCGGCACCGACCAUGUACCUACACACCUAGCGGCAAGAUCGGCAUUGUCAAGUCUAAGAUCCAAGGUCGCAGUAGAAAGCACGCCCAUGAUACCAUCUAAUGCAGUUUCUACCGGAAGUCUAGUUGUACCGAACCAAGCCGGCGUUGUUCCUUCUCCGCAUUUUGUACUUGCGAAAAGGCUUUCAAAGGCAUCAUCUGGCUCUUCAACCAAGGUCAACAAUGGCUCUCUGGAGUUCAGCGGCGUUGAGGCAAUUGUUCAAAAGGUCAAGGGUGCUUCGGCUGGGCAGCUUUCAAGCCCAAGCUUGAGCCUCCAGACUUCGGUAUACCCCCCCACGCUUUUCAAGAGCGGCGCAGAAGCAGUAAAUACACCGGCGACAACCACGCUUGGCACGGCCUCAACCCUCGCAACACUAGCAGCACUUGGUCUUGCCACUACAGUGGCAGUAUCCAGACAUGCUGAGACAGCCGCGGUGGUAUUGGCUAUUUGCCUACUUGCGUCUGUGUGCUGUGAUACUCGAUCGGUCAUUCCUGAGUCUGGAAAGGGUUUCAUGAAUAUCUCGCUUGGUGCAUUAAUGUGGAACUUUUGGUCCGAUAUGAUACUCAAGAUAGAUUGCGAACGUCAACGUGUAUUGAAUGAAAAGAAUAAUGGAUUGUUUGGUGCGGCUGGAGAGAUGGCGAAGAAGUUUUCCUCGAGAAUUUUAAUCUAG